AUGCGAACGUCUGCCCAACCAUCUCCUGCCUGAAGCUGGGAAAUAUUGCAGAGAUAGAAAAAAUGAGAGUCAUACUUCCGUUUUAGAGCUGAACCUAUUUUCCACCCUCAUUUCCAUUGCAAGUUAUAUUACGGUUUCAUCAUAAAGAGGGCAAAGCGGCGGCACUCUGAAUUUAUAGAGAUUGGUGGCAAAUAGCGGCUUUCCAGUUUUACCGUUAUGUUUAUCGGAUAUUGUGAUCUAUCUAUAGGUCUAAAAGAACGUCAGAGUACGGAAAAACAUGUUUCUAGUUAGAUCCGAAGAACCAUAGAGAAAAGUAAUUAUAGAGAGACGCUGCACGGAGGUGUUAAGAUAUUUAGGAGAAAUGCCACUGGGAGUGGCUCUUUAGCACUGGAGUUGUUUCCUCAGCUCACCCACAAGAAUGCCCUUUUCUGACUUUGUCUUAGCCCUCAAAGACAAUCCAUACUUUGGGGCAGGCUUUGGCCUAGUGGGUGUAGGUACGGCCUUGGCCCUGGCCCGCAAGGGGGCACAGUUUGGCAUGGUGGCAUUCAGGCGGCAUUGCAUGAUCACUCUAGAGGUGCCAAGCAAGGACAAGAGUUACCACUGGCUGCUGAGCUGGAUCUCUCACCAUGCCAAGCAUACCCAGCACCUGAGUGUGGAGACUUCUUACCUGCAGCAUGAGAGUGGUCGUGUCAGUACCAAAUUUGACUUUAUCCCCAGCCCUGGAAACCAUUUCAUUUGGUAUAAAAGGAAGUGGAUCCGCAUAGAACGGAACCGGGAGAAACAAAUGAUUGAUCUGCACACAGGCACUCCCUGGGAGUCCGUUACCUUCACAGCAGUUGGCAGCAACCGAGAGAUUUUCUUCAACAUCCUGCAGGAAGCCAAGGAAUUGGCUCUGAGGCAGCAAGAAGGAAAGACGGUCAUGUACACAGCCAUGGGGACUGAAUGGCGACCAUUUGGCUUCCCAAGACGUCGGCGUCCACUCACCUCUGUGGUGCUUGAGGAAGGAGUGUCAGAGAGAAUUGUACAGGAUGUAAAAGAGUUCAUUGGUAAUCCAAAGUGGUACAUUGACCGAGGAAUCCCCUAUCGGAGAGGAUACCUGCUGUAUGGGCCCCCAGGUUGUGGAAAGAGCAGUUUCAUCACAGCUCUGGCUGGAGAACUGCAAUACAGCAUCUGUCUCCUGAGCCUGAGCGACCGCAGCCUCUCUGACGAUCGACUCAACCACCUGCUGAGCGUAGCCCCUCAACAGAGCAUCAUCCUUCUGGAAGACAUAGACGCCGCUUUUGUCAGUCAAGACCUUGCUGCUGAAAACCCCACUGCAUAUCAAGGCAUGGGACGCCUUACCUUCAGCGGCCUUCUCAACGCACUGGAUGGCGUAGCUUCCUCCGAAGCAAGGAUCGUAUUUAUGACCACCAAUCAUGCAGACAGGCUGGAUCCAGCCCUGGUUCGCCCUGGACGGGUAGAUCUGAAGCAGUAUGUGGGACACUGCUCACAAUGGCAGCUUGGGCGCAUGUUCCAGAGGUUCUAUCCAGCCCAGUCGGCAGCUGCAGCUGAGCAGUUUGCUAAACAGGCCCUGUCUGCCUCUGAUCAGAUCAGUGCUGCACAAGUUCAAGGCCAUUUCAUGCUAUACAAGGCAGAUCCAGACGGAGCCAUUAAGAAUGUGCAGACUCUUAUAUCCUGACACUGAGCACACACUGAGGAAACUUUGGAUAUGGCGUUCCUCAGGAGAGGGUUGUUGCGUGCAUGGACUGUUUACACAGGACUUCCUAACCUUGAGAAUGAUGCUGUCCGUACAUCUACCCUAGCAAGGUUGUCUUUUUGUAAACAAAAUAAAGAGUAAACCAAAGUAACUUUUCCUACACAUCUCUUGAUAACAAAUAAACAUGAAGUGUAGACUUCCACCUCCACCCCACCUCAUCCCAUACGAGCUACUGUUAACAUAGCUUCAUCUGAGGAGAUGCACACACACAUGCAAAAUGAGCUACUCUGGAGCACAUCAUUCACUUUCAAGCAGCUCACAGCAUCAAGAAGUAUCAGAGCUAGAGAGAAAAUGCAUGCAAGGUGACUUUGUGAUGUACGUCUCUUCUUGUGGUGGUGGUGGUGAUAAUGAUGAUCUCCUAGUUACUCUGUGGCACAGCCAUGGCAGAUUCCACACCAAAGCUCCAAUCCAGUUGCUGCCAAAAGCAACCAAUGUCAGAGAAAGGGGGUGUGGUACAGUGGCAAGAGCAGCCAGCCCUGUAACAUAUUCCCUCCAUAGACAUAGGCACUUGAUUGCACUUCUAAGAGACGGACUGGUUUCAUUGUACCCCUUAAAGAUGCAGUCUCCCUGCCAGCCUUAGAGGUGAAGUUAAAGGCUUUUUGUAAGGAGGCAGGAAGGCAAUGCUGCUGUGAUUCACAGGCUUCCAUUGACUGCCCACUGGGUACAAUUCACUUGCCCUUUCUAAUGCAGCCAAGGGUGGUAAACUGCUUCUCCCACUCUUGCUAUCCGGAACACCAAAAACAAAUUCCUUUGAUGGGCCAUACCUUCACUACAAAAAAAAAUGCUCUGGUGUUAAUCAUUGCUAUGCUAUGGGACAAUGACAGUUGUUGUGUGGGUUCUUUGUCAGGAAUCUCUUGUGGAACUCUUGGGUGGAUGCCAUCUGGACCCAGUGAUUUGUCCAUUUUUAACUUGUGAAUAAGGCCUAGUACUUUAUCACCACUAUUUGUCUCAGUUCCCUCCCUGAAAAAGUUAGUUCAGGCCUCUGCCUUACAUCUUCAGGAAUGAAGACUAGGGCUGUGCACAGACCCUCGCCCAUCUGUCCCAUGGCUUCAAUUUGAAGCGGGGGCAUCAGGCUGACCGCCCUGGGUCAACCCAGGGGCCAUUCACCCCAGCUCAGAGCCACUCUUGAAUAAGAUCAGGGUGUGGGGCUCAUGUCUGAUUAGGGUAAAAAAAAAAUCUAAUUAAACAUAUGGUGAAACGGGAAGGAGAUAUUGCAUCUUCUUCCCACACCCCAACCAAGAUCAGGGUCCAUUUAUCUUGUGUGAUGUUGUUUUGCAAAGGGCUUCCUGCAGCAAAGUCUCUUAUAAAGCAGCACCCACACCUCUGGCGGUUUGCUGCCUCUGAUCAUCAGGCACGAAGGAGAGCCAUUGCUGCCUCUUCUUCCUGCCUGAUGCCCCACCCCCUGACAGCCCUGGGUUUUCCUGGGUCAUGGAAUAAAACCUGUAGUGAUCUCUGGCUGUCAGAACCUGACUCGACUGUGGCCCAAAAAUGUCCAAAUAGGCCUGAUUUGGCUUGGGGCUCAGCUGAAUCUCGUGCACAGCCCUCAUGAAGACAAUGCAAAGAAUUCAUU